AUGAAACCCCUGCAAUCACUUUCGGAAGUGAUUAGAAGUGUUUUAUUAGCUUCCAGAAUAAUUCGAAUAUCAACUACUGAUAAUAUAAACAUGGCAACAAAUUAUUCUGCUGAUGAUAUAGAACGAAUUAUAAAUGAUUUCUAUUCUCCAACAUCACAAUUAUCUAUAUCUGAACGUCAACAAAUGAAUGCUAUACUUGAAAAUUCACAAUAUUCAUCAUUAGCAUGGGAUUUUUCAUGGACAUUUUUAAAUAUAAAUAAAUCAGCAAGUGUACAAUUCUUUGGUGCUAUGGCUCUCUCAAAUAAAAUUUCAAAAAACUUAUCAGAAUUAGAUGAUAAUCAAAUUCAACAAUUAUUUCAACAACUUGUACAACGAUUAAUUUUCUAUAAUUCAAUUAAUUCAAAACAGAUUAUUAUUAAACUAACUAUUGCUUUAUGUCAAUUAAUUUUGAAUAUGAUGCCAGAUAAAUGGAAUAAUGGUUUAACAGGAAUUAUAACUUUAUUUACUCAAUCACAAAAUGAAUUUUUACUUCAACAGCCUGAAAAAGGACAUUUGAUUGUAUUAGAUAUUUUAACUAUACUUCCAGAAGAAUUUUCACGUAUCAAUGUAACAAAAUCUCGACGUUCUUCAAUUCGAGUUGAACUGGAAAAAGAAUUUUCAACUGUUCUGGAUUAUUUACAAUUUAUUAUUUCAACUUUUAAUCAAAUAGAUAUUCUUAGUAAAAUAUUUUCUUGUCUAUCAAAAUGGCUUGAAUUUGGUAUAUCGAUUCUUAAAAUUGAAAUAUUUUUUCAAUAUUUAUUCACUUCGCUAAAUAACCAAUAUUUAUUUGAUGAUGUCUGUCAAUGUCUUACUGUUAUAUUUACAUCACCUGAUGCACUUAAAUAUCCAACAACAUUUUCUCGUCUUUUACCAUAUGUUUUACAACUUGAAAUAUUACUUGAUCAAUAUUUAACUAUAGAAAAUAAAGAAAAAGUUGAAUGUAUUACAAAAUUAAUAACAGAAUUUGGUGAAAAUCUAACUCAACUUAUUGUUCAAAUAUCGAUGACACAAAACUCACAAUCACAAAAUUUUUGUCAUCUUGUCAUGAAAUGUACUAAUAUGAAAGGACAAUAUCCAAUUGAAGAAACAUGUUCCGAAUUAACAUUUAAUUUCUGGCAUGCUUUAAAAGAAGAAAUUACUUCAACGAAUGAAGAGAAAAAUCAAGCAAUACUAUUAGAAAAAUUUCGUCCUUAUUUUGAACAUUUAAUUGAAGUAUUGAUAUCAAAAGGACAAAUACCUGAAAAUGAGAAUGUAUUUACAAGUGAAGAUAAAGAAUUAUUUCGAUCCUAUCGUUUGAAUAUAAUCGAUACAAUGAUGUGUAUGUAUGAUGUUCUUGGUAAUCGAGCUAUAGAAGUCUUAGGCAAUCAUUUAUUAACAUCUAUUGAUCAAAAUCAAUCAUGGCAGAGGCAAGAAUCAAUAAUUUAUUUAAUUGGUUCUGGUUCAGAAUAUAUUCAAUCGGAUGAAAAUCAAAUUUUACCUUCGAUUUUUUUAUUGAUACCAAAAUUAAAUUUUUCUAAUAAUCUAAUUAUUAAAACUACUCUUACAGUAUUAGGACAAUAUAGUAAUUGGUUAAGUAAUCAUCAAGAUAUAUUACAAAAUUGUGUACAUUUAUGUAUAAAUGGAUUAUCGAAUUCUGAAUUAAUUGAAUCAUCUUCGAUUGCUUUAAAAGAAUUAAUUAAAGAAAAUCGAAUAUAUAUGUCGAAAUAUCUUCAUGAUAUUUUUCCAAUUAUGAAAAAUGUUCUUGAGAAUGUUCAUAUUCAAUCGAAUGAUCGUAUUCGUUGUUUAACAAUUAUUGGUUAUAUACUAUCUGUACAUCCAUCAAAGAUUGUUAUUGAAUAUUUAAAUAUUUUACUUAGUCCUGAAGUGAAUAAAUUACUUAAUUAUCUAUCCGAUAUAGAAAAUAAUCAGAAUGCUAUCAUACGGAAAGAGAAUAUUUGUACAACGCUUAACUUUAUCUCCGUACUUAUUACUGCUAUUGGCUAUUAUGAUGAUCAAAAUAACGGAGUAGAAAAUGAACAACAACUCAAUAUUAGUAAUACAUCUGAAGUGCUAUGCUGUAUACUUCGUGAUCUUGAUCCUAUUCUUCAUAUGAUACUUAAACAGUAUGCUGAUGAUAUUCAAGUAACAGAAAAAAUUUGUGAAAUUCUGUCACGAACAGUAACAAUUUUGAAAGAAUCAAGUAGUUUAAUAUUCAAUACAUUUCUUCAAAUUCUACAAAAUAUGGGACCAAAUAUAUUACAUGUAGAAUUUUUAAAUUUUGUUCGAAAUACACUACUUCUUUUUUCAAAAGACACAAAUCAAUCCGUAUUCAAUCUUUUUCUUAUUGUUCUUCAUAAAUUUGGGCAUUUAUUCAAUGGAGAUAUACAAUGGUUAAAAGAUCAUGUUGAUACAGUAGAAGAUAUUGCAAAUUUCUUUGGUCAAAUAAUUAAAAAAUUACCAAAUGUUAUACAUCAUUGUCCUGAUGAUGCAUAUGUCUUAUUCAUUCAAUUUAUGAAAAAUGGGAUUCAAUUACAUGAACAAGGAGCAUUAAAAAGUAUAUCAACAUUUAUUUCAAACUUUAUUGAAUAUACAAAAUUAAAUCAACGAGCGGCGGAUCUUUUACAACAAAAUGGUUUUGAAUUUGUUCAAAUUCUUUUAAAGUGUAUUGGUGAAACAAGUCCUCAUCAUCUUAUUGAUAGUUUAUCAUUACCUCUUUUUACUCUUUCAAAAUCAUAUCUUCAAUGGACAACAUACUGGGUACAACAAUGUUUAAAUGACCCAAAUUUUCCAACAUCAUCAGCUAAACGUCAACAUCGUGAAGCAUUAUUGAAAAUAUUAACAUCUGAACGUACAAGAUAUUCGAAUUUUAAAGAUCAUAUUAAUACAUUUUCAUUAGCAUGCCGUGAAACAAUACCGACUUAUGAAACGAAAGAUUAG